AUGAAGACAUUUAUGGGUUUAUCACCUUUUCAUCUAGUCUAUGGGAAAACAUGUCAUUUGCCAGUGGAGAUGGAGCAUAAAGCUUUGUGGGCUCUAAAAUUUUUGAAUUUUUAUCCCUCAGAUAUUCAAAAUAAACGUAGAAGACAGAUAUUGGAGCUUGAAGAGAUGCGAUUGCAUACAUAUGAUUCAUCCAGGAGCUAUAAAGAAAAGGUAAAAUUCUAUCAUGACAGGAAGCUGAUAAAAAGAGUUUUUACUCUAGGGCAGCAGGUGUUGUUGUUCAAUUUACGUUUGAAGCUGUUUCCUGGAAAGUUGAAGUCAAAGUGGUCAGGACCGUUAACAGUGAAGGAAGUGCGUCCUCAUGGAGCAAUUGAAUUGGUAGAUCCAGCUGCCCGUGAUCCACAGAGAAGUUGGGUAGUGAAUGGUCAACGUCUCAAGCACUAUUUGGGAGGAGAAGUGGAAUGUCUCUCAACAGUUAUGAAGCUGAGGGAUCCAUGA